GGAAACUUAGCUGCAAAGUUGCCGCGUUGCUGAACACAAUAAUUCCACGUGAAGGCUCAAGUCAAUCAUCCAUUUCAUUGUCAUUUCAUUUUUGCCCACUAGAUAUGAACAUCUCCCAUCCCUAGUGUGGCAGAAGCCAGAGUUGUAGACACUGUUUCCAUGCAUUAUCUUCGUUUUAAAAGAAGAAGAUCUCGCUGUCUCUAUCUCAUACGGAGUAUACCAAAAUGUCCAAAACGAUUAGGCGCUGACAUCAAUUUAUCUAGCUACGUUACAGUGUCAAACUGUCAACAUCUUAAUUACUCCUGGUUAUGCUUAUGCAUGCACCAAUCAGCUGCAUCUACUGUCCUUAUAUCUCUACUAUUAUAAAAAUUAAAAAUAUUUUUGCCGGCGCUUUGAUAUAUCAUCUGUGUAUGAGUCGGUUUUCAAAUUCGUUCACUUUUGAAAAUACAUAUCCGUAUUUGAGUCGUUUAUUAAGUUCGUUUGCUUAUGGAAAUAUAGAAGAGUCGUAUAAGAAAUCUCUUUAAAAAAUCUCGCAUGCUAACUUGAGAUGAUUUGACUCUAAUUACAACUCAUAAUUUUAAGUGAAUUCUCACAGUAAAUUUUACCUUAAUUAAACCGUAUAACAAUAAUAAGAUUAAAAUAACUUUCACCCGUUGUUACGCAUAUGUAUUUUUCUAGUUAAAAAAACGAGAUUUGAAGGAAGGGAUGUUCUCUGUCCCCAUAUAAACCCAAGUUACCCCUCGACUUCGAUCACUAAUCCUUCCUCUCGAAAGUUGAAGCAUGCAUCAGUCAUAAUCAGUUAAUCACGACAAUUAGCUCGCUGAUUGAUAAUUAACCGUAAUUAUAAUCAUGGCAAGUCUAGUCUCAACGCUGCUGUUGAUGUGCUUGAUCCCUCUGACGCGCGCGCACGAACUCCGGCGAGGUCUGGAGCUCGCCGACGACGCGACGACGGCGCGGCCAGGAGGCGUGACCGUGCCCGUCCACUUCUCGCAAGCGUUCUACGUGGUGAACCUCACCAUCGGCACGCCGCCGCAGCCCGUGUCGGCGAUCAUCGACAUCGGCGGGGAGCUCGUCUGGACGCAGUGCGCGCAGCACUGCCGCCGCUGCUUCAAGCAGGACCUGCCCCUGUUCGACACGAACGCGUCGUCCACGUUCCGGCCGGAGCCGUGCGGCGCCGCCGUGUGCGAGUCCAUCCCGACGCGCAGCUGCGCCGGGGACGGCGGCGGCGCGUGCGGGUACGAGGCGUCCACCUCGUUCGGGCGCACCGUCGGGAGGAUCGGCACCGACGCCGUCGCCAUCGGGACGGCGGCCACGGCGAGGCUCGCCUUCGGGUGCGCCGUGGCGAGCGAGAUGGACACCAUGUGGGGAUCCUCCGGGUCCGUCGGGCUAGGGAGGACGAACCUGUCGCUCGCCGCGCAGAUGAACGCCACCGCGUUCUCCUACUGCCUGGCGCCGCCCGACACCGGGAAGAGCAGCGCGCUGUUCCUCGGCGCCUCCGCGAAGCUCGCCGGCGCCGGAAAGGGCGCCGGCACGACGCCGUUCGUCAAGACUAGCACCCCUCCCAACAGUGGCUUGAGCCGAUCUUACCUGCUGCGUCUGGAAGCGAUCAGAGCCGGCAACGCGACGAUCGCCAUGCCCCAGAGCGGCAACACCAUCACGGUCUCCACCGCCACGCCGGUCACCGCCCUGGUGGACAGCGUGUACCGGGACCUCAGGAAGGCGGUGGCGGACGCCGUCGGCGCGGCGCCGGUGCCGCCGCCGGUGCAGAACUACGACCUCUGCUUCCCGAAAGCGUCGGCCAGCGGCGGCGCGCCGGACCUCGUGCUCGCGUUCCAGGGCGGCGCCGAGAUGACGGUGCCGGUGUCGAGCUACCUGUUCGACGCCGGGAACGACACGGCGUGCGUAGCGAUCCUGGGCUCGCCGGCGCUGGGCGGCGUGAGCAUCCUGGGAAGCUUGCAGCAGGUGAACAUCCAUCUCCUCUUCGACCUCGACAAGGAGACGCUCUCCUUCGAGCCUGCAGAUUGCAGUGCUCUAUCCUAAAUUCCUAAUGGUAUUUCUUCAAGCAGUUCAUGCUGCAAAUAAUACGUGAACCUACGAGUUUGUACCGUUGUACACUUGUACUACGUAUCCUAGCUUCCUAGGCAAUAUGAUGUCAGCUUAAUGUUACUGCAAAUAAUAUGUAUAUCAUGGUACUACCAGUAGCGUAUCAAGGAUUUAGGGUAUAGGUGGUUGAAGCAUCCGCGUCAACAGUACACCAUCAAAUUUUUAAAAAAUUAAUUAAGAAAAAAGUAAAAACGACUUAUAAUAUAAAAUGGAGUUUAAGUUUGUAAAAUCAAAUAAGUUUAUAAGAUUAAGAACAGAAUUUUCAA